UUUUGGACAGGGAUAAAAAUAUUGGUGAAAUUUGACCUUAACAACAAAAUUUAGACAUAUGACGUCCUAAAUACCCACUCACUGGUUAAAAAAAAUCAUUGUAAUCAUUUUCCACUCAGCUGCAACAAAAAGAAUUAAGGCCAUGUUCAUGUAUACAUGUAUAUCAUCUAAUGCAGUUUAAAUUUUUCAUCCCUUUUCUAAGUAUCCAGCUAUGCAGUGUGUUUUUUUUUUAAUUUCAAUCUUAAAGAAUAGGUUAAUAAAACUAAAUGUAUAAAGAAAAAAUUCAGACACAAUAUAUACGAAAAAAGAUGAUUCAACAUUAUUGCACUACGUCAUUCAUUUGUUAAGUGUUUUAAUUCCCGCGCUCGCGCGGGUUUUCAUCUAGUGGUACAUAAUUUAAACGGUGGGGAAAUACUUCGACCUACAAAGGUAGUAAACACUUUUGUAAACAGUGAUAGGCUAUAAAUAACCAGCGGCUACUUUCGUUUUGUUGGACAUUAUAAAGGAAUACACAGAAGGGUGUAUCCACCGAUUACAGAGAAAUGGCUAGCGGUAACUUAGUGAUAAUAAGCAGUGAUGAAGAAGAUGAUGAUAGCCAAAGUUCUAGUGUAACAACAGGAAGUCAAAGCUCCACUAUAACAGCAGAAACACAACAGUACGCCAGGAGGGACAAUGAAAAGCCGAUAGUGUACAAACAUGAGAAAACAAAAGUACAAGAAACAAUAUAUAGAAUCGUCAUUAAAAAUGAACCAGAAGAUGUUCAUUACACCGAUGAAAAAGUUAUCAAUUGUAGAACAAAGAUCAAAUUCCUGUUGCUGAAAAGUUUUUCUGAUGGUUUAAAGGAUUCCAGACUGGUCAUCAAAAGCAAUGAAGAAUCCAAGACAAUCACGCUUCGUGGCCCAUCAAAAAUCGUCCUAGAAAGUAGUGCUUUGUUCUUGGAACGUUUGACCUCUGUUUGUGUUUCUUGGCAACCAAUUAGUGAACGUAAGUAUGCUAUCUUUCAACGACAGGGCUGCAUAGAAGAGUUUAAUACAAGAACAAAAGAUACAUAUAUGGACAGAACAUUCCAUUUAUAUCUUGAAGAAGUCGAAUUUUCGAUAGAUCAAAAGUUACAUUGUGCGGCAUUCUCCGACGAAGACGCCAAGAAAGCACUCCAGAAAGCUUUGGCCUUUUUCAAGAAGGAGGAAAUUCCGUUUUCGGACCAUCACAUGGAAUUAUUUUCUAGUAGGACAUGGAGCAACAUCACCCAUGGCCUCCAGGGUUCGCUGAUGGUUGCUAUAGAGAUCGUUCAUUCGCAAACGGUGGUGGAGGUAGAGGGACUCGAUAAACACGUGACAGUAGCCGCCAACAAAGUCAGAGAGGUGGUCAAUGACCACAAACCCUUUCUGAAGCAGACGAUAGAAGGUGCUAAAGGGAGGUUAUUCGGGAAAAGUGAUUCUCUGCAAAUGGAGCUCAAAAGGCUAAAAGAGGAAGCAUUAGACAACGAUGGAACAUUGGAAGUGGAGCAGAGCGGGGAAACCAUAACAAUCAGGUUUCUGGAGUAUGGCUCUCUUGGUAAUCGUAUUAAAGAUGUCAUAGGCCAGGUGAAAGAAAUGAAACUGAUCGCCAGUGACGUCAGCAAAAACGCUGGUGAACAAGAAGUCAUUGCAAGGUGCUUAAAUACCGAAAAAGGAAAACGUGAACUUCGAACUUUGGAAGAGAAACACAGAGUAACCAUUGACGUCAUUCCUUGUAAAGAGAUAAAGGUCAAGGUCAUAGAGGACGUGUCCACAAGUUCUUCAAAGUCUGACGUACAACAGGAACCGGAUGUCGAGCCGCUGGUCGUCGGUCACACUGAGUUAAUUGUAAAGAAAGGGAGUGUGGUCAAGGAACGGGCUUCAACCCUCGUGAAUGUUCUUCCAAAGUCUUCAUUGUGGAAAAAAGCAAAGCUUCCUCGUUCGUUUUCAUCUGCUUCAAGACAAAUAAAAGAGGAAUUUGAAGGAAAGUAUGAUGAUGAAGAAACAGUGGUCGUGACUGGAAAAUCAGGUCACCUGCCCAGUACCUGUCAGUUUGUGUGUAAUAUUGUGCUCAAUGAUUUGGACAGAGGGAGGGAGAGGAACAAGGAACAGGAAUUGCGGGAAGCAAUCAGGGCAUGCCUGGUUCAUUGUGAAUCCAUGCGACAGCCAAGUAUUGCUUUCCCACCAGUAGGAACUGGGAAAAUCCUAAAGUUCCCCGAUAUUUUAGUGGCCAGAGUUAUGCUGGAGGAGUGUAUCGCCUGGUCCAAGAAGACAAACACUCUAAAGAAAAUCUUAUUCGUGAUCUACGACAAAGACGAAUUUCAGGCGUUUGACAGGGAAUUGAAUCGUCAUCGCGAGACUUUGUCGAAGGGGGCGGGAUUUCGUAGAAUGUUCACAAUGUUUCGUUCUGUUCCACGCCUCACAAAACCCACAGAACCUGAACCCAGCUGUGUGAAGUUGGAAGUCGCAUAUGCAUCAGAUCUGCUGAUCUAUGGAGAGAGCAAUGAGGUUCUCAAAGACUCUCACAGGAGAAUAUCCAAAGAACUGGAGGAAUUGUUUCUUGGCAAAGAAAUAAUUGAGCUCAGCAGAGUAGGACAGUUAACCGACAGAGAAAAGAACGAGAUUUAUGAGGCAACAAAGCAGAUGAGUGUGAUACUCAAAAUGAACAAUGAUCACUGUGUGAUAAUGGGUCACAAAGAUGACGUCCAAUCUCUAGCAAACAAAAUACGAACCAUGCUGCUGAGCAGUAUGUCGGAGACAUCGCACGGGUCCCAGAGAAGCGGAAGGCGGUGGAUGGGGCCUCGAUCUCGAAAAGGAACGGAAGACUACUGGAAGGAGGUACUGCGCAACAGCACAACCCCUCUAUACUGGCGAGAAUUCCGCGGGGGACAUGAGAUUCAGCACUUCCUGCAAACGGAAGAGAACCAUUGCCGGGUGAACCCGGUGGAUAAAGAGACAUUUAAAGCCAUCAGCGAGUUGGUGGAGCAAACGUGGACAGGAGACAUGGUGGGAAAAGGAGCAGACGCCAGACACUUGUCUCACCAGCGAAUCAGAAUCAAGAAAAUCGAGAGAGUCGAAAGCAUAGAACUGUUCUCACACUACUCCAACGAGAGGGACGGAAUAAUACGGAAAAUGUUAAGGAGUGGUUUGACCAGUUAUCCUCGGUUGGAUACCAUAACAACAAAAGGAGGCUUGUUGACUACUUUGAAAAUGCCGAAGCUUUUGAACACCAGUCUUUAUCUGGACGUCAAUGAGCAUUAUGCUUUUCACGGUACUAAGUCGUCCUAUGUAGAAAACAUCGUCAGGAAAGGGAUAGAUCCACGCAAGGCAACAGAGAGGCUGCUGUUCGGACAGGGGAUCUAUUGUGCCGAGAGCUCUACGAAGGCUGACCAAUACACAGACGACAAAUCCAAACGCGAGAACACAGACUUAAAGAUUCUGUUGGUGCGGUUGUUGAUUGGAAAUCCGUUUGUCUCAGGGCAGAGUAAAAACUACAAACACCCGCCAUGUUCCACCUGCAAAACCACGGACUGUAUCAAUGCCGAACACGUUAAUUACGACUCCAUCAUCGUCGAAGGUACAUGGAUGUUCCGAGAGUUUGUUGUGUAUGACUCCAACCAUUGCUAUCCGGAAUAUAUAAUCACAUACGAUAGGGUUUAACUACCAGAUACUUAAAUGUGAUUCCUAUGUAACUUAGAAUAAAAUAAUAUUACGUUCAAUGGUUUCUUGUUCAGUAGAUUCUUCCUUGCCUGUGCCGUAGAAAUGUUCCUACAUUUCAUGUCCGGUGUUGUAAUGAAUACAACAUGCACGUUAAAAAGGUGCUUCAUACCAUAUAACAUUUUUUUUACUGUGUUCUUCAAAACGCGACUUAAAGUCCUCAGAUAUAUUAUUAAUUUAUCCUGUUAACUAGUUAAUGUUCCCGCCAUUCUUUGGAAUGUAAAAUUAAUGUAAUGUGUGUAAUGUUUGUUUUUUAGUUUUUUUUUCAAUGUGAUGAUUUGUAUUGAAUUACUGAAAAAUAUUGUGCAUAAAAAUUGUAAAAAUAUGUCAUUGUACAAAAUAUAUCAAUUAAAGACAGUUCAUUAUACGUGUACAUGCACGGGCAAUUAAAUAGUCUGGUUACUACAUGUAGAGUA